UCUCUGCAUUGAGCGUUGGUUUACGAGAAGCUAAGGACUUGUUUGGUUUUUAAAUUUCUGAUUUCCAAAAAAUCUGUGAGAAAAUGGCAACUUCAUCUGAGGAAGGACAAGUGAUUGGCUGCCACAAGGUUGAGGAAUGGAAGGAGCACUUCCAGAAGGGCGUGGAAACCAAGAAACUGGUGGUGGUGGACUUUACUGCUUCCUGGUGCGGCCCUUGCCGUUUUAUUGCCCCAGUUCUUGCUGACAUUGCUAAGAAGAUGCCCCAUGUUAUAUUCCUCAAGGUUGACAUAGAUGAACUGAAGACUGUUGCAGAGGAAUGGAAUGUGGAGGCAAUGCCAACAUUUGUGUUCCUUAAAGACGGGAAAGAAGUGGACAGGGUUGUUGGUGCCAAGAAAGAGGAGUUGCAGCAGACCAUUGUGAAGCAUGCUACUGUGACUGCUUGAUCAAGAAGAUGAUAUUCUAGUAUUUAGUGUUGUCUUCUGAAAUAACUAUGGAUGGUUGUAUGUUUUAUUAUCCACCAUGUUUUUAUUGCUUUUGUGAAACCUUUGUCUUGGUGCUUGGAAUCUGAUAUUUGUGCAUAUGGUGUUAUUACUGGUGUAAGGCUAUAUGCCCAUGUCUAUCGAAAGACUAUUUUCAGA